CGCCAGCGGCAUGCCAGUGCGCUUACGACGUUUGCACGCGCCAUACGAUUACCAAUAUUACCUACGUACUGUCGCGAUAGCAACGCGCACGAUAUUAUGUUCUGAUUUAUUCAAAAAAAAAUAAUUCAAAAUGUUAUCAAUCUUAUCAAACUCAAAAAUAUUAUGGGGUCUGUGGCAAGUGGUGACAUAUUGUACUUCGCGGACGACGCUGCCCCUACUGCUUGCGGCCGGCGCAGCUUUUCUGGUGAUGCAGGUGAUGAGCCUAGUGCGAGAGAGCCGAAAGCUUCCACCUGGACCGUGGGGUCCUCCUAUCGUGGGCUACCUUCCAUUUGUGGGAGUCCGUCACAAGACGUUCCUGGAGCUGGCUCGCUGCUAUGGAGCGCUAUUUUCCGCACGUCUUGGAAAUCAACUGACUGUAGUGCUAAGUGACUAUAAGCUGAUCAGAGAAGCCUUUCGUCGUGAAGAAUUUACUGGGCGGCCUAGUACGCCUCUUAUGCAUACUUUGGAUGGUCUCGGUAUUAUUAACAGUGAGGGUCGUCUCUGGAAAAAUCAACGGCGUUUCUUGCACGAAAAACUACGUGAAUUUGGCAUGACAUACAUGGGAAAUGGGAAAAGAAUUAUGGAGGAAAGAAUUAAGACUGAAGUGCAAGAGCUCAUGAUUAACCUACACUGCGCUGAUGGAGUACCAAUAGACGCAAAUCCGUUAUUAGCUUUGGGCGUAUCAAACGUGAUCUGUGGCAUAACUAUGUCGGUGCGAUUCAGCCAUGGUGACGCACGAUUCGCGAGGCUUAACCAUCUAAUUGACGAAGGCAUGAGAUUGUUCGGCGAAAUUCACUAUGGAGAAUACGUCCCAUUAUAUAAUUAUCUACCCGGAAAGGCUCAAGUCCAAGAAAAGGUGGCGAAGAAUCGUGAAGAAAUGUUUGAAUUUUACCAAACAUUGAUAGAUGAGCAUCGCAGCACUCUUGAUAUCAACAAGGCGCGGGAUCUUAUCGAUGUUUAUCUCAUUGAAAUUGAAAAGGCUAAAAUUGAAGGUCGCGAAGGAGAACUAUUCGAGGGAAGAGAUCACGAAUUGCAGCUGAAACAGAUUCUCGGCGAUCUUUUCUCUGCUGGAAUGGAAACCAUUAAGUCAUCUCUGCUGUGGAUGAUUGUGUUUAUGAUACGAAAUCCCGAUGUGAAAAGGAAAGUUCACGAAGAACUCGACUCAAUCAUAGGCCGCGACCGCCUGCCCACUAUCGAGGAUAUGUCCAGUCUUGUUUAUACGGAAUCCGCUAUUUUAGAGACUUUGCGAAUGUCAAGCAUCGUGCCCUUGGCCACUACCCACUCUCCAACUAAGGACGUCAACCUCAACGGCUACAGAAUUCCAGCAGGUUCUCAAGUGGUACCUCUCAUCAAUUGCGUACACAUGGACCCCAAUCUUUGGGACGAGCCGAACAAGUUCAACCCAAGUAGAUUCAUUGAUGACGGUGGCAAAAUCAAACGCCCUGAAUACUUUAUGCCCUUCGGUGUAGGACGACGCAUGUGCUUGGGUGACGUCCUCGCCAGGAUGGAAAUGUUCAUGUUCUUCGCGAGCAUGAUGCACCAAUUCGAUGUGAAAAUGGAGCCUGGGGACGCACUUCCUUCACUGGAGGGCACGGUGGGUGCGACGAUCUCGCCUCAAGCUUUCCGCGUAAAGUUUAUUCCGCGCACACUGCCUGCGCCCGCGGCGCCGGUCGUGAGCUUUCCCGACCAUCCGCAUCUACGCCAUGUCGGCUCGCACUAAGCGAUUUCUUGUUAUUCCGACACACACCCACCAGUAUUCAAGAUCACUCGUUUUAGAGCGAUUCGAUGACAAAUAUAAUUAAGAUUAAGAUAAGUGACGUCAUCGCUCCGGCGAUGGUCCAGGCUGUGCAUAAAGUGUUCAAUUAAAUGUUAAAACGAACUUUAAUUUAGUUAAACUGAAAUUUCCCAUCGGUGAUUAUUAUUCAUUUGUUACAACAGUAUUAUUUAUAGUUGUCCGAUCUGUAAGAUCGUUGCCGAUCGUUUUCAUGAAAUUGAUAGGUUUCAGUUCAGUUUUAAGAUCUAGUUUUUUAUACCAAAUUAUCAUUUUAUAGUAGGUUAUUUAUUAAUUGUGUUGAAUGUUGAGAGUGAUCUCAUGUUAUGUGUGAAUCGAUUAGUGUCUAUUUAGGAUUGUAAUGCAUACAUUUCUAGUUUAUAACGUACCUAUCAUGAGUAAUAUACUUAGUAACAUUCCAUGGUAGCGUAGAACCAGCAACUAGUCUAAGAGCGGUAAAUUGUCGCUAUAGGUUUAUUAUUUUCAUUAUACAGUUGUCAAACAGUUUUUACAAAGCGCCUACAAGGGCGUAAUCCAACACUUACGUUAAACUACCAUUGUAUCGCUUUGUAGAUAUUGCUAUAUUUUUAAAGUGUUUACAAUUGAUAAAUAAAUAAAAUUACAAGAUUCUUAAA